CAAAUAUGCAUUGGCUCUCAGGCUCAGCUCAUGGAAAUCUGUCUAUCCCCCCCUUCGGUUUCUGAAUUCCAUUCAAUUUAUUCAAAGAAAUUAGGGUUUUUGAACUCUUCCUAAUUUAAAAUCCUUAGAAAAUGACGCCUCUUACCUGCACUAAACUAUCUGUAAUCACCAUAACUGGAGUCAUAACUCAAAUCAUCGGCCUUUCCCUUUUCCUUUUCGGCUUUUUCCCCGUAAAACCGGCUCUUCCCGGCACCAGUGGCUCGGAGAGUUUUUACCCGCCAACAUGUGAUUUCGUUGGCAAUUUAAGCGACACGACAUUGCCGCCCGAUCAACUCAAAUCGUUAUAUCAAGAAUUGUCGGGGAUUCCUCCUUGGUUUGAUCGACUGAUUUUAUUGGUUAUAGAUGGUCUUCCAGCAGAAUUCGUUCUUGGAAAAAAUGGGAAACCCCCUAAUAAACAAUUUAAGGAAGCAAUGCCUUAUACCCAGUCAUUGCUAGCCAGUGGAUCAGCUAUUGGAUACCAUGCCAAAGCUGCCCCUCCAACUGUAACAAUGCCUCGAUUAAAGGCUAUGGUCUCUGGUGCAAUUGGUGGAUUCUUGGAUGUGGCGUUCAACUUUAAUACACAGGCUAUGAUGGAUGACAAUCUUCUUGGUCAGUUUUUCAAGAUUGGUUGGAAAAUGGUGAUGCUUGGUGAUGAAACAUGGAUUAAGUUGUUUCCUGGGCUAUUCAAAAGGCAUGAUGGUGUCAGCAGCUUCUAUGUGAAGGAUACCGUGCAAGUGGAUCAAAAUGUUUCACGACAUUUGGGAGAUGAACUUAGGAAAGAUGACUGGAAUCUUUUGAUACUGCAUUAUCUUGGAUUGGAUCAUGUUGGACAUAUUGGCGGGCGGAGCAGUUCGUUGAUGGUCCCAAAGCUUAAGGAGAUGGAUGAGGUGGUGAAGCUGAUCCAUUCAAGUAUUAAUCAAUCUCAAGGAAAUCGCCGAGGGCGAGCACUUUUGAUGAUAGUAAGUGAUCAUGGCAUGACAGAAAAUGGUAAUCACGGGGGUUCUACAUAUGAAGAAACUGACUCUUUAGCUCUUUUUAUUGGUCUGAGGAAACAUGCUGUUGACGAUACAUCAGUCAUUAACCAGAUUGACCUUCCACCAACCUUGGCUCUUUUAUUUGGCGUUCCAAUCCCUAAAAACAAUGUCGGUAUUCUUGUUAGAGAAGCUUUUGAUUCUCUAAAAGAGGACCAACAUCUGAGGGCCCUGGAGUUGAAUGCUUGGCAGCUACUCAGAUUGUUGCAUGCUCAGUUAUCAGGUUUACCAUGCAGAAAUUUCCCCUGUGAUGCAUUUUAUGAUCACCAGAGUUCAGGGUUGAGUGAGUGCAAUCAUACCACAGAGAACAUGCUUUGUUGCUUGUAUAUGGAAGCGGCAGCUCUAUACACCUCUUGGAAGUCUAAGAGGGGCUUUGAGUCCUCUAGCAACAAAGAUUACAGAAGUGCUGCAGCAGCAUAUUACAAGUUUCUGAAAUCUGCAAGUGACAGGUUAUCACGAAGAACAACUUAUAAACCUGUUAAGCUACUUGCACUUGGACUGGCAACAAUGUUUAUCUCCAGUGUAAUGUUAUCAAACCUGAUGUUUUGUCGGCUCAGAGAAAUGUACCAUGGAGGAAAGAAACAAGCCUUGAACUUAAAUGAUAGCAUGAAUGGUUGGUCUUCCGAUGAGACAUUCAUUGUCAGUGUUGUCUUAAUCAUUGUUACAUGUAUGACAUCAAGUUCUAUGGUAGAGGAGGAGCAUUAUAUAUGGUAUUUUUUUAUAUCCACAUUCUAUCUUCUCUUACUCCGUAAAGCAGCACAGUCCCUUUCAUCAGUUGGUUUGCAGAGUUCUUUUCUCCUGCAAAAAGGAAAAAGUGGAGAAGGUUACUUUAGAAUAUGUUGCGUCUUUCUGCUGCUUAUCUCUGGAAGGAUUUUGAGAGGCUGGCAUCAAGGUGGUGUAAACUGGACAAGUCUUCCUGACAUUUCUAAAUGGCUUGAGCAGGCUGGUAGUCAAUAUGUGAAACCACUUCAACUAAUAUCUGCCAUUCUGGUGAUUAGCAUAGGUUUAUUUGCUCUAUUUUCAAUAGAAUCCAAAGGAAAAUAUUUUCAGAUGAUUAGACUUAGUUUUCUGAUAUCUGGAUUGUUGGUUCUGCUGCAUAUCACAAAAUAUCAGGAUUUUACAGUUUCGUCAACUAAUUAUGGUGCUACAUUUUUGGUACAAAUAAUCUAUGCAAUCCUUGGUGCUACGACAAUUGGGACUGUGGUGGCCUUGCCAUGGCUUAUUCCUCUCUCAACCUCUAAGAUUUCACCUGCUGAUAACACCAUUUCACCUCCAUUUUUCCCUAGCAUUCAAGAGAAAUUCCCAUUGGUGGAAUUAAGAGAUUCUUUAUAUGUGAUUGGAUGGGCGUACAUAUUAUGUUGGUGUCUUCUGCAAUUGUUGCUUCAACAGCCAAUCAACACAACACCCAUAUUAUUGCUUCUUUUGCAAACAGUGGCCAGCGUGCUCUAUUUUGUUAGAAGUGGAACACAUCAUAAAGAAUGGGUAGAGAUUGCAGGACUUUACUACUUGGGAAUGGCUGGUCAUUUUUCUCUGGGAAAUAGCAAUACACUUGCUACUAUUGAUGUUGCUGGUGCCUUCAUUGGCAUAUCAAACCACUCAACGUUCCUGUCCGGCAUUCUAAUGUUUAUCAUCACCUAUGCAUCACCCAUGUUUGUUCUUCUUAGCCUUGUGAUGUACAUCUCUACAAAAAGCAUGGCCCAUCUUGUUAAACCUGAGAAAGCAAAUACUGGAGAUCUUCUCAUGAUGAUGCUUGGUUUUCCUUGCCUUGUACCACUGGUCAUAAAUUCAAUUCUGUUGACCGCAUACACAGUUGUAUUGCUGUUAAUGCAGAAUCAUUUAUUCGUUUGGAGUGUUUUCUCACCCAAGUACCUGUAUGUUUGUGCUACAACCGUAUGCACUUUGAUCGGCGUCUUUAUUGUUGCUGCAACCGGAUCUUAUACUUAUUUUGUACUGGCCAAGCGGAAGCAGAAAGCUUGCACAAGAUAGUCAAUAGCACCUGUAGCAGCCAGGAACCUGGGUUGUAUUUCUAGAAGCAGACGGCAAUGAUGGAAAUCAAGUUAGGUUUUUGCUUUCCAAAUUCCUCCAUAUACACAUUUGGUACUGUCCUGUGCAGGAAAAGGAAGCGGCUCCUGAUCUGCAAUAACACAAGAUAGUUGGGACUUGGGAGUAAAUGGCGAACAUAUAUAUCAGUUCCCAUUGUGUGUUUCAUUUAAUCAUUGUUUUAUAGUUUUAAUCUCCUGGGUACUCCUUUAUCUGUUCUUGUUGGAAUUUAACUUUGAUAAUACCUCGUAACUUACCAAAAUCUCAUGUAAAAGAAAAAAAAAUGAACUAGAAAUAUUAUUUUAUAUUCAAGGUGCGGUUUGCCUCUAUCGAA